UCAUUUCCAGUCCGUGUGCACGCGGAAGCUGUGGGAUCGACUGGCUGCGGGUAGAGCGCGAAUAUCCCGAGCUCGUGCGAAUUAUGCACGGCCGAUCGCGAUAGAGGAGACGCCAAAUUGACAUAGCUGACGGAUCGUUUCGGUUUAACGGCACGCGAUACCUCGCAAAUCAACCUCGCGAGUGCUUUUACAUGCGAAGUCGCCAUUUUGGUGAUACGGCAAGCCGAUGGUCUGAGCAAAGUGUAGCCCUUAUGAUCUUUUUAUUUCUCUUUUUCGCACGGUUCAUCCGCGGUAUCGUCCUCAGCCGAUUGACGGCCCAAUAACGCCGGAGAUGACACAGCAAAAUAAAACCAUGAAUUUCCUAAUACACGACGCUAAUGGACAUCCACAAGUGAUAAAAGUAGUGCAAAGUACACCUAAUAAAGCAUUAAGUGGUAUUGUUAGCACGACAAAUGCAGGUGGCCUUAAAGUGUUUAAAGCUCCUAAUCAAGAAUCACAGGUACUUGCCUUGAUUUUAUAUCUUGUUUACAAUUAUAAUUAUUACAAUUAUAAUUACAAUUAUAAUUCUACAUCUAACUAUACUGAGCUAUGGAUUUUUAUUUAUACCUUGUCCUUGUAUUUUAGUAAACGGAGAAAAGCAGAAAAGGUCGGGAAAGGGUUGAGACAUUUCUCGAUGAAAGUUUGCGAAAAAGUGAAGAAGAAAGGUACUACUUCUUAUAAUGAAGUAGCAGACGAAUUGGUUGGCGAAUUCACUAAUCCUGCUCAUAUCAAUUCUCUGACAGAUCAGCAAUACGAUCAGAAAAAUAUUAGAAGACGAGUAUAUGACGCUCUAAAUGUAUUGAUGGCAAUGAAUAUCAUUUCUAAAGAGAAAAAGGAAAUCAGGUGGCUCGGCUUGCCCACUAAUUCAUUACAGGAAUGUGUAGCAUUAGAAAAAGAUAAGAAGAAGAAGAUUGAGAGAAUCAAAGCUAAGACGCAGCAAUUGCAUCAACUAAUUCUCUCUCACAUUUCUUUCAAGAAUUUGGUUGAACGUAAUCGUUUAAACGAGAAUGCCCGCGGGCCACCGAAACCUAAUUCUGCCAUACAGCUGCCAUUCCUCAUUGUGAAUACCAGUAAAAAGACUGUCAUAGAUUGCAGCAUUUCAAAUGACAAAACCGAGUACCUGUUUAAUUUUAAUGAUAAGUUUGAAAUUCAUGACGAUAUCGAAGUUCUAAAGCAGAUGGGUCUCGCUUUCGGACUAGAAAAAGGGGAAUGCACUGAAGAAAAUUUAACAAAAAGACGAAAUAAUGGUUCCGAAGUCACUUGUAAAAAUAAUGUAGAACAAUUAGCAUCAGGGGAUUUAGAAAAGUUUAUUCCAGUAACUAUUCCCGGUCCAAGUACGUCGAUGGAGGAUUUAGACAUGAAAUUGGAAGGUUCUCGGCCACCAUCGUCGUCACAUACUUCAUUAUCGGAAGAUCCUUUAUCGCCACCAUCUCAAUAUUAUUCGGAGGAAGAGGACGACGAGGAGGAAAGUGACCAGGACGAUCAGGCUGAUAGCGAUCUUGAAGUUAACUAGCACCCCGAUUAACUUUUCAAAAGCUAGACUCAGGGAUAUUCGCCACUAUCAUCACAGCGAUAUGCCAGGAUUAAUAAUAUCGUCAUGUUGCCAAUAUCGUCUUCACCCCGAUCGCCAGUUUUUAACUAUAUGUCGAACAAGGAUAAGAGUUGAUAGAUAAAGUGAGUGGAAUGUGCAAAUACUGUUGAAGUAAAUGAGAAAGUAUAGGUCGAAGGAAAAUGUUGAUUGGGGCUAAGGAGAAAACGUAGCAAUUAAUUGGACUAAUUGUAUUGGCAAAUCAAAGUGGCCCUUUUUUCGUAUCAACUAAUAAAAUAGUUGAAUGCACGCGCGCGGAAUGACCGGAAUAAAUAAAUGCAGAAUGACUGAAAUGGGGUGCUAUAUUUUAGUUGUGCAUCAUCAUACAAGUUUAUAUGACUCUAGCGUCUAUGUAUUAUAAAUUAUAAUCUUACAGUAUCAUAAUAUUAUUAUGUGUACGAAAUAUAUUGACCAGUACUCAUUUUCUUAUGGCACGUUUAUAAUAACACUUGUCUGUGGUACGCAGUAAAAUGACGUAUGAUAGAUGCAGGCGCACAUUUGACUCGAAUUAAAAAUACAAGUAAAUUGUAAUAAUGUUACAGUA